AACUUUUGCUCCACUGAAAAUCUGGAAUAUGAAGAUUCUGUUCAGAUUUUGACGACACUUCUCGGUGUUGACCGGGCCAUGGCAUGUGUGGAGCUGAAUCAAAGUCGGGGUGCAUAGGUCCGACUGAGCUGGUUGAGAGACUUGUAUCACAGCUGUUGUGAAAACGAGCUAUGGGAGUUUGCUGCACGUGCAUAUCUUUUGCACCUUGUAGGAUGCACCAUAUUUGCUAACAAAAGCGCCACGUAUGUUCGUACACAUUAUCUGGACCUAUUUAGAGAUCUUUCCACAUGUCGUACAUAUGGUUGGGGAGUUGCUGCUCUUGUCCACUUAUAUGAGCAGCUAGGAGAUGCCAGCUUUGCAAAUACAAAGCAAUUAGCUGGAUAUCUACCUCUUCUGCAGGCUUGGAUAUACGAGCACUUCCCUACAUUGGGAAGGAAGCAAGUACGGGAUACAUAUGUGGAGACCGAACCCCGUGCUCUACGUUAUGUCACUGGACGCGCCAUUUCCGCUAUAGCUGAUGUUAGAGUCCAGUUGGAUGGCUUGACAUAUGAUGGGAUGAUUUGGAACCCAUAUGUAGCACACAGAGCUGCACGACAACUGGUAACACAUAGCAUGUUUUCUGGCUUCCUGAGGGUUGGGACCGUCGUACAACGUCAUUUGCCUGAGCGUGUGUUGCGACAAUUUGGGUUCAUCCAGCCUAUUCCACGACCGCCUAGUUCGGUUCCCAUGAUGGACUUUGAGGCUAUUGAUGAUCGGUGGAAAAAGCACGAGCAGUUUGUUGUACAUCAAGUGGUCCAAGCACCAGCUCCCUUUUCAUGUUCGGAUGGAUAUUUGCAGUGGUUUAGGAGAGUCUCCCAUCCAUACAUUUUACGUGGAGCUGAGGCCGACCGACCCAGCCUUGUGCUUGUGCCCCGACUUCGUCGGAAUUUGCCAGAUGACAUAACAGUUCAGAGGACGUCACCGUCAUCAUCUUCCAGUGGUUUAUUGGGUCUCGUGAAACGCAUUGUAGGUGGUCUUCAGCGAAUGAUAGACUGCAGAGAUGUUACUGAGGGCACAGUUGCCUGGGAUCGCACUCAUAAGUUAUUUAAUGUUAGCAAUGAGGCCAAAAUAUAUCCGUCCCUUGGCCAAAGGAGUUAG